CUAAGUGAACAGAUUCGGUGCAUAGGUGAACGAACGGAGACUCAAAUUGCUGUUCUUCAGGAAGUCGAUGAUUUCUUUCGAAAGCGCGGAGAGGCUGAAGCGGAGUAUUCGCGCCAGCUGGAGAAGAUUGCAAAGGGUAUUAUGCAACGUCAUAAAACUGAAAAGAACAGACGUGAUAGCUGGACGCAACAUGCUGCAUGUUCUGCGUGGCAACAUUUGGUUGAUGACACAAAAGCUGAGGCUCAGCAGAGACAAGUGCUCGCCGAGUUGUACAGCAAACAGAUCACUGCUAGUAUUAGUUCAAGAUGUGAAGACUUGAACAAAAUUAGUAAACGCUGUCGAGAGAUUGGUGCUCUUUCUCAUAGUGAAUUGAAUCGAGUGCUCACGGAACUUCACACUGCCAUGAAAACAUAUCAAUUGUGUUAUUCGGAAAUGAAUGGCGUCGAAAGGAAGCUACGCAUAGCUGAAGAGGAAAAACGACGAUAUGAAGAGGCCAAUCCCGGAAAGGCGGAAAGUACUCGCAAGUAUCGCAACUUGUGCAAAUAUUUAAGGAAAAGAGCAGAUAAAUAUAACGUGGUUCAUUCCAAAUGUACAAAAGGACGUAAUGAGUAUUUGAUGUGUAUCCGAGCUGCAAAUGCGGCAUUACACAGAUUCUUCGCGGAAGAUCUCAGUUACCUUAUCGAUUGUAUGGAUCUUGGUAUGGAUUACUGGACUAGAGCAUUACUAGGUCAAGUAAUUGAUGUGCGUAAGCGACUUUCCCAGAGGGAAAUGGAUAGCCUGGCAGAGUUAGGAACCCUGAGAUCAGCGGUAGAUGCAAAAGCAGAUAAGCAGCGUUUCUUUGAAGCCCAUCAUGCGACGUUCAUGCUUCCAAAGCAGUUCGAGUUCAGACCUCAGUUAGGCGAUUGUGUUUAUACCGUAUCAGCAGAAAAAGGGAUUGCUGUUGAAUUGGCUCAACGUCAAAAGCAGAUCGAAAGGCGCUUAGAGGGAUUGCGCUUUGAAAGCGAUGAGGUGUGGAAAAGUCUCGAGGCAUCUGAUCGUCAACUUCUGCAAAUGUAUAAUAGUGAUUUCAAAGACAAAGAGGAACAGGGGAAGUGGCGACAAGACAUACUAGUCACCUAUCAGUACUAUCUAAAGAAGUUCGAAUACUUCUUGUUGAACGGAAACCUGAUCGAGCGCCUUGAAGCAAGAAGUCGCGCUAUUAGUGAAGCGUUGUCACAAGCAGCAGGUGUGCUAACGACUAAUAUGACAAUGCCGAGUACUGAAGAGCGCACACGACGACGACCGAAACGUAUUGGUGUUGCCGAUGCUGAUGAUGCGAAGCCACGCCCGAAGCUUUUCGGUGGAAGCCUCGACGAAUAUGCAGAGGUGACUGGCGAAGCAAUACCACUAGUGGUUGUAUCAGCUAUAAACUAUUUAUCGCGGUACUCAUUACGAAAUCAAGGACUGUUUCGAGUUAGCGGUUCUCAGUCGGAGAUCAAUCGCUUUAAGGAGGCUUAUGAAAGAGGUGAUGAUGCUUUUGCUGAGCUAACUGACGGCAGUGAAUCUAAUUCUGUUGCCGGUGUUCUGAAACUCUACCUAAGAGAGCUGCGUGAGCCACUGUUCCCAAUAUUCUUGUUCGAUCAAUUUACCGACUGCGCUAAGGCCGAUUGUCCCCAAGAUUUCGUGCGUAGGGCAAGAGAACUUAUAUUGAAACUGCCGGUUUCCCAUAUUCUGUUGUUGCGUUUUUUGUUCUCCUUUUUGUCACAUUUAUGUGAGUUUGCUGACGAGAAUAUGAUGGAACCACACAAUAUGGCUAUUUGUUUCGGUCCGACUCUAAUGCCUAUUCCAGAAGGAAAGGAUCAGGUUUUUUAUCAUAAUUUCGUAAAUGAGCUGGUACGAAACCUUAUCCUGCACGUGAAUGAGGUAUUCCCACAAGAUCUACCUGGUCCUGCGUACGACAAAUAUGCAGCGGUUGCAGACGAUGCAGAUCAAAUGGGUUUUAUGGAUGAUAUAGGCGAGAACACGGUUUUUCGAUUUAUCUUUACUUUCUUCAGCGACGGUUUGUCGGAAGACGAAGACUGCUUGCGUAAUGGUAUUGGUGGCGGUGUGUCAGCUGAUUCUGCUCUGGCAGAGUCCACCUACGAUAUGUCCACUUCGACAGACAUCGCACGUGAUCAGACUACCUCAACUCUUCAACAGGCUCCAACUCCAGAAGAACCGAGUCAGCCUACUAGCGUCUCGUCGAGGUAUAACUGA